UUUUAAAGAACCAACCAACUCAUAUAUAAACAAGUGGGAAGAAAUGUUCCCUCUUCCAGACAAAUUACUCCAGGUGGUGGGAAGACCAGAAUUAUUCCGUCUUUAAAUGUUUGGUAGCUGAAGCCCUCUAGGUCCGCAGGUUUGGGGACUCAACCUUAAAUGGCUAGAAGACUUUGUUGGUACCUUUAAGGACCCCACGACUCAGAUUUACUGCUUCUUGUUUCUCUCCGUGGACAGAGUGACAGGCUGUGGCGCUAUUCAGAGGAAGGGCGGGGUUUCCAGGCAAGGUCCCACCUAGCUGUGAGGGAAAAAAACGCAAACUCCUCAAGUCUAGCCAGUCAGGAGCUAGGGAACUCGGCCACGCACCCUGGGACAGAUGGCUGCGAGCCCACAAAAACUGUCUCCUCUGACUCCGGGGUGAAACCGGUGAGAGACAAGCCCUUCGCACUUCCCCUCCCAUGCAGAGACCUAUCACCCCCGGUUCCUCAGUGGGAAGGGUUCCAGGCAGACAAGGUGAGUCCAAGCCCAAGUGAAUUCUGGGACGGGGGUGCGGGGUGGGGGGGGUUCUCCUAUAGCAGCUUCUCCGCUGGACCCCAGAACCAGGAUGGAGGCAAAACUACCGCGACCAGAAGUCCCCACGAGGAGAGGAUCAAUAAGAGCGUGCAGCCGGGCUAACGGGAGUUGUAGGUCUAUGGCCCCAGCCCUACCCCAGUCCUACAGUCCCGGCAACUGAGUGCCCAGAGAGCCAGACUGCUUUUCCCAGAAAAUCAGUGAGGUACCCACGACUGGGCCUGGACCGGACAUGGGCUCUUCUGGAACUUGUUGUCCAGACACUCUGGCCAGCCCUAGGCAGCACUGAGAAGGCUUUUUCCCGCUUUAAUUCCGAGAGGCUACGGUUGGGCAUGAAUUCUGAAUUUCACAAAGUCAGCGUCGGAGACUCUGCAGAGUUCAUAAAACCCGGGCUUGAAAAUCACGGGUUACAAGGACUCACGGUGACACCAGUCUCCACCAAGCGUGGAUAUCAGAUAUGUAGAACCCCGUAUACUUCUUCCAGAAGCUCUGCGGCAAGGGUGUUCCUCACUAUGGUAGGAGACAGUGGGGCGCUUCCAGACAAAUUGACAAAACGAAGGAGUUGUGGUCCACUGUUUCAGGGCUUGACCCUUCCCGGAAGAGCUGUGGACCACACCUCCCAGAAGGCCAUGGGCAACCCCGAGGCUGGAGGCACCUCCGCUGAUCUUCAGAUUUCAGCAAAGAUUUCAAAUAUGCCGCCUACACAAAUACACCAUACUGGAAUGAAUUAAAGUAAAUGUCGUGACCUUUCUCUAUAUUCGAAAAAGACUCAAAUGUUAUGUCCCUGCCGGGAGUCCCUCCACAUUGGGAGAGAAAUAAAGUGUGUAAUGCUCCACCCUGACCCAUGCUUUCUCUGUUUCCAGGGAUGCAACCGAAGGGAAAAUCGAACUUUCUCCCCAUAUCUCUCAUUUCUCCCCCUUUUUGGCACCUUCAUCUUUAUGUGAAUCUCCUCCCAGUUGGGGAAACGACCACAAGAACCGCCAUGCUGCAGGCAGAAAGCGAAAUUUAUGAAGACAUAAGUACUGGUACCAGGUACAGGACUUCGGUAGCAAAUACUCCCACAAGAGGGAGAAGCUACAGAUGAAAUUCUCACGUGGCCCUCCAGGAGUUGUAGUUUGAUGCCCACUGGAGUAGACUCAGUCUCAGCGACUAGCGGACGUGACCUUCGUCCUUCCGAAGUACGACAGAGACCUUUCAGUUGGACCUUUCAGGUGAGGCUAUGAUGCUGAGGAAGGAGGAGCCUGCGAGCAGGAAUGGGAACCCAGCCUAACAGUUCAGGCUGUUGCCCUGGGCGGGGCGAACACCGAAAUGACCAGACAAGGGCGUGACUCCCUCUGGGUGAUAUAGUUCAAGCUCCCACUGAACGAUGGCCAUGGCCUUUGUGCGGCCAUCUAACAGUGAGCGGUCCUGGGGCCGAAUGACUGGCUGAGUCCACGAGGGUAAUCUCGGCUGCCCACCUUGCUGAUACACUUCUCGAGUCCCGUGUGGGGGCGGAGCAAGCUGGAGUAACCGGAUGUGAGCGCGCUGCCAUCUGGGAGCUGUAGUUCGCCGACUGCUGGCGCAGGCGCAAUCGUGGGCAGUAGCGACCAGGGCCUUUGUGCUGUCGUUCUGCCUAUAAGCGAGAUUGGGAAUGGACGAGCUGCCUGUAGAGACACUGGCUUCCUGCAAGAGACCAGAGGAGAAGGGAAUGACCACUGGGCUUCUGGAUUCAGGGUUCCUGGAGCAAGUGACCUUUGAGGAUGUGGUCGUGGACUUCACCCAGGAGGAGUGGGGGCAGCUGGAGCCUGCACAGAGGACCCUAUACUGCAGUGUGAUGCUGGAGACUUUCAGGCUCCUAGUCUCCGUGGACUUAGAAACCAGAUCAAAAACCAAAUUGCCAGCUGCAAAGCAAGACAUCUCUGAAAAAAUAUCCAACAAUGUCCUGGUAGAAAGGUUCCUGUGGUAUGGUCUGCCAGGCUAUAAACCUGAAGAUGCUGAGGGCCAGUGGGAACAGAGUUUUGAGAGUCUUUAUUGCGCUGGCAUUCAGGCAGCCUUCACGCCUGUGACAACAUCCAUUCAGGAGCGGCAGCUGGGGAAUGAGCUUGGGGAAAAUUUAAAUCUGAGCCCUGAUCUCCCAAUUCAACCCAUGACUCCUGAAAGACAAGCCUCCCACAUAUGGGGAAUGCAUAGAAAAAGGGAGAAUCCCAACUCAAAUGUCCAACAGGAAACCUCUGCAACAGAGAAACCCUACAGAUGUCAGGAAUGUGGAAAGUCCUUUAGUCACAGCUCUGCACUCAUCGAACACCACCGAACGCACACAGGAGAGAGACCUUAUGAAUGUCAUGAAUGUGGAAAAAGAUUCCGAAACAGCUCAGCACUUACUAAACACCAGAGAAUCCACACUGGUGAGAAACCCUAUAAGUGCAUGCAGUGUGGGAGGAACUUCAACCAAAUUGCCCCACUGAUCCAGCACCAGAGAACUCACACGGGUGAGAAGCCCUACGAGUGCAGAGAGUGUGGGAAGUCCUUCAGUUUUAGGUCCUCCUUCAGCCAACAUGAGCGGACUCACACAGGCGAGAAGCCUUAUGAGUGUGGUGAAUGUGGGAAGGCCUUCCGACAAAGUAUCCACCUUACCCAGCACCUGCGAAUACACACCGGGGAGAAGCCCUAUCAGUGUUCAGGGUGUGGCAAGGCCUUCAGCCACAGCUCAUCCUUGACUAAGCACCAGCGAAUCCACACUGGUGAGAAGCCCUAUGAGUGUCAUGAGUGUGGAAAAGCCUUUACCCAGAUCACACCACUGAUUCAGCAUCAGAGGACACACACAGGAGAGAAGCCCUAUGAGUGCAAUGAGUGUGGGAAAGCCUUCAGCCAGAGCACACUCCUGACUGAGCAUCAGAGGAUUCACACUGGAGAGAAGCCCUAUGGGUGCAAUGAGUGUGGAAAAACCUUCAGCCACAGCUCAUCCCUAAGCCAGCAUGAACGGACCCACACAGGAGAGAAGCCCUAUGAGUGUAGGCAGUGUGGCAAGGCCUUCCGGCAGAGCACACACCUAAGUCAACAUCAGAGGAUACACACAGGGGAGAAACCUUAUGUGUGCAGUGACUGUGGGAGGGCCUUCAGCCACAGCUCAUCCCUAACGAAGCACCAGCGAAUCCACACUGGGGAGAAGCCCUAUGAGUGUAACGAAUGUGGCAGGGCCUUCAGCCAGCUCGCUCCACUCAUUCAGCAUCAGAGGAUCCACACAGGAGAGAAGCCCUAUGAGUGUAAUGAGUGUGGCAGGGCUUUCAGCCAGAGCUCCCUACUCAUAGAGCACCAGAGAAUCCACACCAAGGAAAAGCCAUAUGCAUGCAAUGAGUGUGGGAAGUCCUUCAGUCACAGUUCAUCACUGAGCCAGCAUGAGAGGACACACACUGGGGAAAAGCCAUAUGAAUGCCCAGAUUGUGGAAAAUCCUUCAGGCAGAGCACUCACCUCACUCAGCACCGGAGGAUCCAUACUGGCGAGAAGCCGUAUGAGUGCAGGAACUGUGGGAAGGCCUUCACACACAGCUCUUCCUUGACUAAGCACCACAGAACUCAUACUGGCCAACAGGAGUGGAUUCACACAGGUGAGAAACCCUAUGAGUGCAGUCAGUGUGGGAAGGUCUUCCGACAAAGCAUACACAUCACUCAACAUCAGAGGAUUCACAUGGGAGAGAAGCCCUAUGAGUGCUAUGAGUUUGGAAAAACCUUCAGCCACAACACACUUCUGACUGAGCAUCAGAAGGUUCACACAGGAGAGAAGCCAUUCAGCUGUAAUGAAUGUGGAAAAACGUUCAGCCACAGCUCAUCUCUCAGUCACCACAGGCGGACACAUACUGGAGAGAAGCCCUAUGAGUGUAGUCAGUGUGGCAAGACCUUCCGGCAGAGCACACACCUCAGUCAACAUCAGAGGAUACACACAGGAGAGAAACCCUAUAAGUGCAGUGACUGUGGCAGGGCCUUCAGCCACCGCUCAUCCCUAACCAAUCACCAGCGAAUCCACACUGGGGAGAAGCCCUAUGAGUGUAAUGAUUGUGGCAAGGCCUUCAGCCAGCUCUCUCCACUCAUUCUACAUCAAAGGAUCCACACAGGAGAGAAACCUUAUGUGUGCAGUGACUGUGGCAGGGCCUUCAGCCACAGCUCAUCCCUAACCAACCACCAGCGAAUCCACACUGGGGAAAAGCCCUAUGAGUGUAACGUAUGUUGUAGAGCCUUCAGACAGCUUUCUUCACUCAUUCUACAUCAGAGGACCCACACAGGAGAGAAGCCCUAUGAGUGUAAUGAGUGUGGCAGAGCCUUCAGCCAGAGCUCCCCUCUCAUACAACACCUUAGGAUUCACACUAAGGAAAAGCCCUACAUGUGCAACAAGUGGGGGGAGUCCUUCAGUCAUUCCUGAGUCAGCAGGAGAGGACACACUGGGGAAAAGCCAUACAAGUGUGUAAAUUGUGGGAAAUCCUUCAAACAGAGCUCUCACCUCACUCAACACUGGAAAAUCCACACAUGUGAGUGCAGGGACUGUGGGAAGUCCUUCACACACAGCUCCUCCCUGAAAAAGGGCCAGAGAACACAUACUGGAAACAGGCACUCUACAUAAUUUGAGUCAUAGGAAACCUUAAGCCAUAGUUCAUCCCUUCCUACACUUGACCCAGACAUACUCAUAAGGAAGAUGACAGACAUUUAUGCACACGCUUUCACACACAGUAUAGUCCACAGAUCAUCCUGACAGUAGGGAAAUGUGUAGACAAUGUUGAAGACCUUCAGAUGUGAGUGACCAAUAGUAUGUUAUAGAAUCCACAAAAGGAGAAGUGGAACAAUGUAUUGGAUUUGGACAUGACUUUUACAGAUUCACUGGAUUCCACACUUUAGAUCUUCACAAUGGUGAAAACCCCAACAAAUGCUUUUCCUAUAAAAGUACUAAGUACAGCCCUGACUGGUGUGGCUUAGUGAACUGGGUGUCAUCUCACAAACCAAAAGGUUGCUGUUUGAAUCAUAGUUUGAUGCCGGGUCAGGGCACAUGCCUGGGUUGCAGGCCAGGUCCGUGGUUGGGGGUGAGAGAGAGUCAACUGAUCAAUUGCUUCUCUCCCUCUCUUUCUACCUCCUUUCCCAUCUCUCUAAAAAUAAAUAUCUUUUUUAAAAAUAAAAGAACUAACUGCAGUCCAACUUUAUUAUCGUUGAACAUUACCGUAAAUUCUUGAGUGGGGAGAACUGCUUAUGAAUGGUCAAACUGACACUGAUACUCCAUAAAAAUAAUAAUGGCAGUUUUCCACACAUUCGAGUGGCAUCUGUAUGGAAUCACCACACAUACUGAACUUUGUCAGUAUAAAGUUUUUUGGUCUAUGUGUAAACAGAGUGAGGUACUCAGCAACCAGUCACAGAUUUGAAUCCCAUAUGACAAAGUAUCAGUAAAACUUGUACUAUAAACAGAUUUUAAAUUACUUAUAGGCAUUAUUUUGCAAUAAAUUAAUCCUUGUAUGCAAUGGAAUUGGAGAGAUCUGUGUAGGAAGUCUUGAAAUACAACUUCCAUAAUUCCUUGCAGGUUCUGCAAUGGCUUUUGCUGGUUCUGUGCUGUAAAUUUCUUUACAGCACUCACAGGUAUUAGACAGAUGGUGCCAUUGCACACAAAGACCACAAUUUUUCCUAAGUCCUUUCUCAUAAGCAAUACCAUUUCCACGUUGGUAUAUUUUGCAAGAUUCAGCUAUUGGUGAAAUGUGCAAGUUAAUCCUUUCUUGAGGCAUUUUUUUCAUUAAUUCUUCAUCCUGGUGUUUAAUAAGUUUUUGUUCAUGUAAGUGGAAAGUCCAUAGUAUUUCAAUGAACCUUAAAUCUUCUAAAAGCAGUCUCCCUGACACCCAUGACCCUUAAGGUAUUUUGCCACUCUUGACUAUUGCCACAUGGCAAUAAUAACUAAUAACACUCUGGUAGAUAUUCUUUUUAAUUUUAUGUUUAGAGGGAGAAAGAGCUGGAAAGAAAUAACGACAUGAGAGAGAAACACAUUGGUUGCCUCUCAUAUGCGCCUCACCUGCAGACCAAACCCCCAACGCAGGCAUUUACCCUAAAUAGGAAUUGAAAGGGUGACCUUUGGCUUUGCAGAGCAACACCGAACUAAUUGAGGCACACCAAUCAGGUUGGGAACCUUUUUUACUACAAAUACAAUUGGGUCAGUCUUGCCUCAUAUAUUCCAGUGGUUUCUAUCACUCUUCACAUAAAGAAAAACCCUAAUUGUGACAGACAAGGUGCUGAAAGAUUGGGCAUCUGCCCACCUUUGGCAUUUCAGUCUACCCCAGGUGUCUGUGUGCCAGCUACAUAGACCUUGGUUGUUUUUUUCUGAAAAAAUAGUCUCUCACAGUGGGACCCAUAA